CUCUAGCAUUGGUCUUUUCUUUUGUACACCUGCCCGCCAACAAGUCUCUGUGGAAGUAUGUCCGUUAUCGAGCCUUUUAGGUUGCAACAGUAAUGGGUACUUCAUCCAUAGUGGCAGUAUUGGCAGUGGCGCCUCUCUUACCGCUGAUCGGACUGCUAUUUCUCAAAUUAUCACUCCGGAGCGUUGGCAGGGCUUUGCAGAUCAAGGGCGAGGAUCGACGGAAUGCAAUCGUAUCUCGAGUUCGCAGAGACAGAGAUGCCGUUCGCGAAAGUCAGAUUGCCCAGGACGUGAACGAAGAUGGCUGGGAGACGGUCGAAAAGGCGGCGGGCACGGCUGAAAAUGGUAAAGCCAUGCAGCAUGAUUGGGAUGGGGUAGUAGGGUUCUUUCACCCAUUUUGCAAUGCUGGAGGUGGUGGCGAGAGAGUCCUGUGGGCUGCCAUAGCGGCGACUCAGACACGGUGGCCGAACGCGAUUUGCGCCGUCUACACCGGUGACCAUGACAUCGACCGGAGUGUCGUUGUAAGUACGGUCAAAAGUCGAUUCGGUAUCACUCUGCAAGAACACUCUCUGGUCUUUUUGUACCUGUCUAGCCGACACUAUGUACUUGCCAGCACUUGGCCUCGUUUUACCUUGCUCGGACAGUCUCUGGGAUCUCUCAUCCUGGCGUAUGAUGCUUUCCAGCUUCUUGUUCCCGACCUUUUCAUUGACACCAUGGGUUAUGCCUUUGCGGUGGCAUUAUGCAAACUCUUGUUUCCAUGGGUGCCAACAGCGGCUUACGUACAUUAUCCCACCAUUUCUACCGACAUGUUGGACAGCCUCGACGACACAACCGGUCAACGUGGCAUCCACUCGGGCGCUGGCGCUGGAUGGAAAGGGAGAGGCAAACGACUUUACUGGCACGCCUUUGCGUGGCUCUACGGCUGGGUUGGUGGGCACGUCGACGUGGUCAUGUGCAACUCGACUUGGACACAAGGGCACAUCAAGAAGCUCUGGAGUACCAAGAGAAAAUCAAAGUCGUUCGCAGCUAUCGUGUAUCCCCCUUGCCCAGUCGAAGAACUUGAAGAGAAGAUUGAGGUCACGCAAGAAAGCGAGAAGCGAAGAGAAAACAUCGUCCUUUACAUUGCACAAUUCCGACCCGAGAAAAAUCACUCCCUCAUCCUACGAGCAUUCGCGAAAUUCUACCACAAGGCCCCGGCCACGGAUAAGCCCAAACUUGUCUUGAUUGGGUCAGUCCGAAGCAACACGCCUGAUGAAAAGCAUAUAUACAAUUUACGGCUCGAGGCGAGAGAACUGAAGAUCACUGACGCUACCGUCUUCAUCUGCGAUGCUCCAUUUUCGGUGAUUCUCGAAUACCUCCAAAAGUCGAGCAUCUCCACCAAUGGCAUGUAUUCGGAGCAUUUCGGUAUUGGCAAUGUUGAAGGACUUGCUGCAGGCCUGAUCCCCGUGGUCCACAACAGCGGUGGCCCUAAGCUGGACAUUGUCGUGCCGUACCAAGGCAAAGAAAUCGGCUUCCAUGCUGAAGCUGAUGAAGACUUUGCAGCUGCUUUUGCUCGAGUGGCUGCCCUUGAUCGUGAAGAGCGCCUCGCCAUGCGACUACGGUGUCGAGCAAGUACGUCACGCUUCACCGAGGAAGUCUUUGCCAGAAAGUGGGCUGAAGAGAUGGAGACAUUGAUAAAGAUGACUUCUGCAAAGGCAAAGGUCUAGCAGACCGUUCAUGGCGAUGAUAUUCUCUAUUAGCGUCCGGUCGUGCUUUAGAGGUUCGGUGCAGGUUGCAAGACCGUCUCGUCGGUGUAAUGCCGAUAACAUGGUGUUCUAUUGGGAAACUCAUUUAUCCGUGGAUGGACCUACUUUCGUAGAUUGACUCGUAAGAGCCGUCAGUGGCUUAGUCUCUUGGUCCUUGUCUGUGGAGACGCGGCAGCAAGGCUGAGCUAACAGGAGAGAAGGCUUGUUUAUAUACUUGAUCAGUCGAAAGAGGGCCUUGGGCUUGCCCUUCUUGCGUUAAAUUUUCAUAUCACUUGUUGAUGGCC